AUGGACAGCCUUCCUGUAGAGAUCUUGACCAAGAUCAUCGACUACCUCACCCCGCGCGAGCAGGUCCAACUGCAGCUUGUCUCACGCCGGUUCUUUGAGCUGUCGCGCGAUAAUUACUUAUGGAGGCUCCAUUGCUACGAGGGCUCGUGGAAUGGGAGACAGGAUGCCUUCCGCGCACGCAAUCAAACCGCGGGCCUGUCGCAGGCGUCAACAACAACUCUGAGCUCGCUGGGACCCGACUCAUUGCGUACCUUAAUUUAUCCCCUCACGUCCUCCAACGAUGCCGCCGAAGACGAGUUUACUGAGCCGAGCAUGGGCCAAAGAAGCCGGGCCGCCGCCGAGUGGGAUCCCUCGUACGAAUCCGAAGAUGUGGAUUGGUAUUCGGAAUACAUUGCGCGCAGUGCCCCGCUGUCGUUUUCCUGGCUACAGCGUCCGGCCACCCAUCCCGAAAAAGAUACUACUCGCGAUGUGAAGGGCAUGGGCUUGCUAAGAGAUUGGAGCUUCGCGCGAGAGGAUAAAGUUGUUGCUCCGCUCGAGGAUGGCACUGUCUGCGUGUGGGAUUUAAAUCAUUCCCACUCGGCCUUUUCACGUGUGACCAAGGGUAGAAUUUCUGGGACAAGUCAGCCUGGUAUAUUGUUCGCAGAUUUGUCGAAGCGCGGCGAAAAUUCACAACCACGAGGUCCGCCACUGGAGUUUCUUGGAGUUGGCGAGUGCAUGAGCGUGGACUCGGUGCGAAAAAGAGCCUAUGUCUGUGUGGGAAACAUUCUCAAUGAAGUUGAUUUGGAAACCCUGCGUGUUGUGCACCAAGAAAGAUAUGCCUGGUCCAUCUUUGCUCUGUCACAAGAGACAGACUACUCGGUUCCAAUUACACUGGCGACGACGCUGAGCCUGCAGAUCUACGAUGCGCGGCUCUCGACUCCAGAUGAAGAGGCUGAAAUCAGCUUCCGGUGCGAAAAACACCCAGCCGAAGACUUUCUCCCCAACUCGAAUUUAUACAGCCACCCUGAUUCUCAGAUUUUACGCCUUCUCCCCAAUGGACAGCCACCUCAACGCAUUCGAAGUCCGGAGCCAAAUGACAGAGGCGCCAACUACGCUCCUCUCUUUCAGCCGGGCCCCCUGUCCAUACUACAUCCACCGACACCUCAUGUGAAUACGAUACUUCUCGCUGGGAGAUUUCCUAGCAUUCUUUGCUAUGACCGACGCACAUUUCCCAAAUUACAACAGCCUAUCCAUUCCGGGGGACGGUUGUGCGGCUUAACCUCUAUUCCGCCACCCAGCUUUCCCGUCUGUUCCGACUCGAGUUGGCCCAAUAAACACACGAUUGUUGCAUGUGGAGACUACAAUGGAAGAGGCUCCUUGGAACUCCAUGACCUCGAUUUCAAGGGCACCGAUCCCCAAGACCGAGACGCCGAGUCGACCAUGCACACAGCCCGGUAUCGGAACCGGCAAAGCGCGGCGAGCUCGAAGCUACUCUCGGUGGCUUCUCAUGGAGCGCGCAUCGUCUUCUCAGAUGCGAAUGGAAAUAUCAAAUGGGUCGAACGCGACGGACGCACCGAGGUUCGCCGCUGGAACAUCAACACAGACCGACAGCAGUCGCCAGUGGCGGCGUCUUCGGACGACAACUCUGUCGACGGCAUCAUUUCUCCGUCGGGCAUGUUCUUAACUUCGGAAGCGAGCACUAGGAACGCGGUCGCGCGAAAGAUCCUACCUACAGACGCCAAUUUAGAUGGCGACGAGCUUCUUUUAUGGACUGGCGACCGUAUCGGCCGCCUGCGCUUUUCGCCUGACCCGGAUGGCGCAACGGACGAUGAGGAUGAGGAUGGCAAUGACGAUGCCGAAGAUGACAUACCGGCUGACGACAGCGAUCUCGACCCUGCACAGCGUCAAGCUCGCCGAAACAGUCGCCAGGCGCUGCGCCGUCGCGAGAAGGAAUAUGCGCGCAUGAUGCGUCUGGCGUUGGAGCGUCAAGCGGACGAAGUGCGCUGGAUGGGGCGACUCGGAAUGGCCUAG